AUGUCGGACGAAGAAUACGUCAACCCUCUUGGGCCUUUCCUGAAUGAAUCCCUCCUUGGAACUUUUUGUCAUGGCAUCUAUACAUGCACCCUAGCAGUCACUCUAUGGUCAAUAGCAUCCAACAAAGGGAGACAAACGAAAGCAAGGAAUACUAUGAUUCUCAUCAUCAUUAUCUUGUAUAUCUCGACCACAAUUUAUGUGGCUGUCACCUGGAACUUCACACAAUACACCUUCGUCAAGAACGGGGAGACAGUUGCCACUGCGAUUCAAGCAACGAUAAGCAGCUCGUCGUCGUGGCUUAUAUUGCAUUGGUCAGCUGGAAUUACGUCCGGGAUCAAUACCACUAUUGCCGACGCCAUCAUGAUCUGGCGCUGCUGGGUUAUUUGGGGUGGUCGCUAUGAGACCAUCGUCUGA